AGGUUUCCAGCUCAAGUGGACUCAGGCCUCAUAGAAGUAGUGUCCCCUUCUCCGUCUUACUAUCCCAAUCUAGACAAAUUGCGCAUCACUCUUGGCGAUUCUCCAGAAAGGGUUCGAUGGCGAUCAAAACAGAACCUGGACUUUGCCUUUUUGAUGUCCUAUUCACAACCUAAAGGCACCUUCUACGUACAGCUCGAGGACGACAUCCUGGCGAAGCCCUCUUACGUGACGGAGAUGAAGAAGUUCGCCAUCGAAAAGAUCGCCCGCAAGGAGCCGUGGUUUGUGUUGGACUUCUGCCAACUCGGAUUUAUCGGAAAGAUGUUCAAAAGUGCAGAACUUCCAUACCUGGUGCAGUUCUUUCAGAUGUUUUACAACGACAAGCCUGUAGAUUGGCUGUUGGACCAUCUCAUAUCUACGAAAAGCUGUAACUGGGAUAAAAAUAAUGACUACUGUAAGAGGGACAAGGCCAAAGUUUGGCUCCAUUACAAGCCAUCGCUCUUCCAGCAUAUUGGCAUACACUCUAGCCUGAAGGGAAAGGUGCAGAAACUUAAGGAUAAGCAGUUUGGAAAGAUCCCUUUGUUCUUUCCGCACACUAACCCGGAAGCAGAGGUUGUAUCCGGGAUAAAACACUACAAGCAGUAUACUUUAGAAAGGGCCUAUUUAGGAGAAACUUUCUUUUGGGGACUGUUGCCGCAGCCUGGUGAUCAACUUCUAUUCAGGUUCAGCCAACCCAUAAAUAUCAAAAGAUUCUACUUCAAGAGCGGCAACGCCGAGCAUCCGUCUGAUAAGCUGUACAACACGACGGUAGAAGUGCUGCCAGUGGUGGACGCACUACUUUAUGCUACAGGGAGCGGGGGCGGGGGAAGCUACAACCUUACCACUGACGGGUAUAUUGUUGUUGGAAAGUUUGACAGUGCAGGGGUAGCCCAGGGCAGUUUAGAUGAGAGCAUAGGAAAAAUCCAGGUGUUGAGGCUAAACGUGCACAGUGAGAGUGACAACUGGGCAAUUCUUAGCGAAAUUCACAUCCAAGAUGAGCUGGCGGCCAGGUGACAGUCAUCGCAAGCGCCGUCGCGUUUCCGAUGGUCUCCUGCCUCCGAGGACCCGAUUUCCGCUUCCGGCAGUGACCGCUCGUCAUUGCACCCGCUGUGAUAUCCGGUGAUAUGGCAUGGACGCCUACAUCGGACUUACGAAACUCUUAUUAUCAUUCUGAUGGUCAACGUGGCCCUACGUUGAAGACUACACGUUUGGACUGCUAGCGUGACUACAGUUUCUCGAGCACAAACCACAAAACAAACAUAUAGACGCACAGAAAUAAUUCUACUCGUUAACUUGGCACUUCGUUGAGUAUGUCGUAGGACAGGAGAAAAUGUCAGAUUCCACUAGUAUUUCAGUGAAAAAAUGGUUCCAGUAGGUAAAAUCCUUUAUGCAUUAUAAACAAUAUCACAAUAUUCUUUUAAAGAAGGUAUAAUCGCCACAUUACUUUGAUAAAAUAUAAAAUAGUUGAGAUAUAAAGGAAUGUCACGCGCCAUGGCUUGUUUAAUAACUUACUUUCUGCUAUAACAGUACAUAUAUCCUUAUAUAGCAUAAUUUCAUGCGAAAUCUGUGAUCGUUCUUUCUGUCACGACCUUGGUUCGUUCUUCAAUUGUUUAUAAAGCGAGUAGAUUUUAUCAUUUGACUUUGGUAAUACUAGCCUUUGUUUUAGAUUUGGUAACACUAUUUUACGUCAAACAGUUUCAUAAGAUGGUGCGCGUAAUGUUUUUUCUAACCUGGUCUGUCUCUGCAUUUCUUGUGUUUGGUUGAGCUUACCACGUUAGGACCGUGAUUGUAACAUUAGGAAUAAUUAUGCACUUUUACUAGUAGCAUAUAUCACUUGGUCACAAAUUUUAUAAAUUAGCAAUUAGCAAAAAAUUUAGACCGAAAACAGAUUUUAAGUUAACUGACUCAUUGUGUGUUCUAUGGUCACAACCAUGGAAUGAAUACUACCACGGUUGUGACAUUUUUUCAUGGUAGUGACAUUUUAUCGGAAUUUGAGCUCGAUUAAGUUUAUCAUAGAAAUCAUCAAAAUAAUCCACUCGAACUUUUCAUUUGUUACUGAAAAUAGGAAUGACUCACUAGUGCACAGUGACAUUUGCUUCCUUUAUUUGAGGGAUCCUCAUUGCAAUCACUCCUCAAGUCUUGCUACUUGAUCGGGACAGCAGAGUUGUAAAAUGUAUUUCUCAAGAAAGAAGGUUCAUUCAUACCUAUCGAUUUUCAAAGACGUUUAUUUUGUGACUUCCGUAUAUCACGAUUUCCCUUAAGUAACGCAUUUUGGUUGGGCUUUUAGAAAACACAUUUCGCAGCAAGCGUCAAAUUAAUAAUGGAUAUCAUGUGGUAAUAAAGACGCCUCAGAAGUAGAAAGGCCGCUUUCUUUGUUGUUUGGUAACUCUCCUGUCACUGCCAAGUAUAAAGAUAGUUAAGGCUUCAUCAUGUUACAGAAGCCUUACAGAAUGUGUGUUGUCAUCACGAUAAGGGAACCUUAUCGCAGCGUCUUCGAGUAUAUUUGUUUUUUUGGUUUAUGCUCUGUAUUUUGAAACGUAAGGUAACUAUGAGAAUUUAACUGGAAUAAAAAAACUAGUCUAAAUUGAUGGAAUUGUGGUAUCUUUCUGACAACUGGGAUUUUCCAUUUCCUUAAGAUUUCGUACUUUAACGCCUGUGUGACUGUAUGGUUGCUGCACUUUCUUUGUGAAAAGUUUGAACCAUAGUUUUACCUAACCUCAGACCUAUGAGUUCCUUGAGAUGAAAAAAAAUGCAUACGUAUCAGAAGAUUCUGAAGUACAAGCUGUUUUAAAAAAAGGUUAACGUGGAAUUUGAUUUCUUAGAUUUUUGAUUAUCCUUUCUUACGUUUUUCAGGAUAAGUGGAAGUAAUAAUCAGUGUAAUAAAUUAUAUUUUAAAAACACACUUGCAUAGCAAAUCGAACUGAAAUGUAGAAAAUAAUUUCAAAAAG